CAGAGCUGCUCUGACCCUACUGUGAGUUGAAAACUGCCUGUUAAGGAGCAAGGCUCAAGACUCCUGAGGAGGAAGUAGGAACAGACAAGGGAAGGUGCUGAGAAGCCUGAUGGGGAACUGUCUGCAGAGGAAAACUGGGUGGCAGCUGGACACGCAUGGGACACCUUGGAAUCUGAGACUCCAAAAUGCCAAGCAGCGGACAGGCAGAUAUUUCAGGGGCUGGAGUUGCUGUCACAUAGUUGAAGGAUGCUCCUGCCUUCCUUGGAAAAACAUAAGCACAUUUAAAGCCAGACAACAGUCCCCAAAGCAAAAUGAAGGGAUGACAUCAGUUCCCAUUCAGGACAAUGCCAAUCAGACCUACACGGAGGAACUGUGCUACGUCCUUGUGGAUCACAAAGCCCUCAGAGAAAGACCCCCAGGCAACUCUGCUGAGGCGUUCUAUGAAAACAUCUCUAGCAAGGCUGAGAGGCCCAGAGAGUCGGCCAUAAGAACAGAGACUGAGUAUUCAGUUCUCCGCUUCCCUUCCACCCCUCUGCCCCUACCUUCCACAGAGGACGAAUACGAACUUCUUGUGCCUAACAGAUUCCCCCUGCAUUCCCCUCAGCGUCCAUGGCCACCUACAGCCCCCUUUGAGACUCACUUUUCUCAUCUACAGUGAUGAAACUAAGUUAGAGUUUGUUUAGCACUGAUAGAUAAAAGUAGGAGUUGGGGCCUCUAGUUGAAGCGGUCAAGAAGCCCAGAGAUCCUCAGUUUAUUUCUGCUGGAGGACUUUGGCAGGGCAGACUCUGCAAACCACAAAGCCUUUUAGAGUCUGACAAUAGCUAACAUUUAAAAAAUUAGCCAAUUGUCUUGAAUGUCGCAUUGGAAAAAAAAGUGACCACCUUUGCUUCUAAGUGAUACUGAAAACACUCUGGCAGGAAGGACUCCGAGCAUCUACACCUGGGUGUACCACAAAAGGCUUUGUUCUUCUCAUUAAGUUCCUAUGAAUGAGCCCCACAACUGUGCUCUGCGGCCAGGGGAAGCUCACUCAUCAUGUUACAUGUCCCCAGAGGAAAUUCUUUCAUCACCAGGAAGUUCCAGCCUAACACCACUUAUUAAGGGAACUUGCAGUAUGUCUUUUCCUCCCUGGGCCUAAGAUAUGUCCCUUACUGAGUGUCUUUUGUGCCAUGGUCCCCAAGGCUUGGAAUUUCCUGUAUCGUUGUUAAUGUAAUUUUAAACUACAUUUUCAAACUUCGAGUUUCCCCUCGUAGUUGUUUUUCUCCUAUGGUGCAAGAAAUCAUCCCCAAACCUCAUCCGUGCUAGGCAAGUGAUCUCCCACUGAGAGACAGCUCAGACCCCUCCACACAAACCUCAGUAGAAUCUUCACAGUAUCAGAGACUGUGGAGUAAAAAAGUUUCUGGAGGGCCUUUAACCUCAUCAGCUUCUUUUCUGACUGAGAGAAAAUCGCUCGCCCAAUGGUAUAUUAUUAGCAUUAGUGGCAGAACUUUAGUCUGUCUUCCAAGUCAGUGUUCCUGCUAUGUAUUGUAUGGAAUACAGUAAACUUCUCUAUAAAUAAUGGAUAAAUAAAGAUGUUUCCCAUGUGAAAUGUCCACAUGGAAAAAAUAA